AUGAUUGGAAAGCGGAAACGAGAUACCUCUGUGGAAUCAAGAUCAAAGAAAGACAAGAAAGACCAAGCCCGUGAGGAAUCUCCGACCGCGACGGAAUCAAGCGCUCAAGAUAUCUUUCGCAAAUUCUUCGAAGCUCAAUUUGAGCCUCUGGAAGUGCAGGAAAACGGCGCAACACAGGACGAUUCCGGCUCUGAAAGUGGUCAUGAUAGUGAGGACCUUGAAGACCCGGGAUCUGAAUCUGAAUGGAGCGGUAUAGAUGGGGAGGAUGACAAUGAGAAUCGUCCGGUUGAGGUAGUCGAUUACACAGCACCUUCCACCAAGGCCGACGCCCUAAUGGACAAGAGAGCGCGAAAGGCUUUUAUGUCCGCGAAGCCACCGUCAUCCGCUACUGACCCGACAUCUACUACAGAUCAUGCGAAGAAAGGCGGGGAUGCAGACGAUGACAAAGACACCGAAUCGAUGAAUUUGAAGAACGACCUCGCGCUACAGCGACUGUUGAAAGAAUCCCAUCUGCUGGACUCGGCAUCCGAUCUCGCCCCCACGGGCAAGAACCGACACAAGGCACUCGAUCUGAGAAUGCAGGAGCUUGGGGCGAAGAAAUCACUUUAUCACCAGAAGAAUAUGCCGUCGUCAAUGCGCAAGGGUAUCAAAGCCAAAGCCACUUCCAAGGAAGACAAGCGUCGCAGGGAGGCUCGUGAGAAUGGGAUCGUCCUUGAGAAACCUGCGCCAAAGACAAACGUCAGCAGCGGACGACGCGAAAGAGGAGUCGGAGGCCCAUCGAUAGGAAAAUUUGCGGGCGGAACUCUGAAUCUCAGCCAACGUGACAUUGCCCAAGUUCAGAGCGCACGACGAGGCAGAGGCAAGGGCAGGGGGCGAGGUCGUGGUCGCCGUUAG